AUGACCUUCAACAUCAUCAGUUCUCUUGAAGUUACUAACAUCCGAGAAGCUUCUAGAACCGUUAGAACGAUCGAGAUGACAUUAGUGAAUGUUCUUUCUGAUAUGGAAGUUUCCGUAAUAGUUCGGGAAUGGUAUAAAGGGAAACAACACCCUAGUACUGACAAACAUUCUUUAGAAUUAUUAAGGUUUGAGCAUCCUAUUGUUCCUAUUAUUAAAGAACACCGGGCAUUAGUCAAGGUUUUAAACUGUACAUUGGGUUCAAUUUGUUCACUUUCUAAGUUAUCUAUGAAGACUCAAAGAUAUACCCUUCAUGGACAUCGGCUCAAAACUUCAACAGUAACAGAAAGGUUAUCCAUGGAGGAUCCCAAUCUUCAGUGUGUCGAGCAUAUGGUUGAAUUCAAGAUUGAUAGCAAUGAAAAAGAAGGCGAUGAUUCAAACAUGGAACUCUACAAAGUAAAUCCUUGUGAUUUCUUCAUUCCAACUCAGAUAGAACUAAGAUUAAUGACUCAUUUUUCUAAAGACCAAUCACUGAUUGAUCUUCUGACAAAGCCUCUUGGUGAUGUGUUCAACAUGAUCACUGCAAAAUGUUCAGGAAAAAGAAGUAUAGGUGCAAAUUCAUUUGCUGAACAGCUGGAAUGUGGUCCAGACGAUGCUAGAGACAAAAUUCAUAGUUUCAAAAUAUCUUUCCCUAGUGUUGCUUCUUGGCUUAAAAACGUUGUUGCAAUCUGCCAUAAAAAAGGUUAUGUCGAAACUUUGAUGGGAAGGAAGCGGUUUUUGGCAAAAGUUAAGUUUGGAAAUAGUGAAGAAAAAUCAAAAGCUCAGAGAUAG